GUUUUAUUCAGACAACAGAAAUAUCAGAAUGCAAUCAGCCAAGAAUGCAGCGGCGUCCGUCAAGGAGUCGGCGGCGAACAUGGCCGCCUCCGCCAAAGCCGGCAUGGAUAAGACCAAAGCCACCAUGCAAGAGAAGGGUGAAAGAAUGACUGCACACGAUCCGAUGCAGAAGGAAAUGGCGACGGAGAAGAAGGAGGCGAGGAAGAAUCAGGCCGAGUAUGAGAAGCAGGUGGCGCGUGAUCAAAACGCCGUACAGAGACAGGCGACAGAAGCCACCACCGGGACUGGGACGGGGACGGGGACGCACUCCUACUCCACCACCGGAGCCACUGGUUAUCCAACGGGAGGUCACCAGAUGUCAGCGUUGCCGGGACAUGGAACGGGAGAGCCAGCUGGACAUGUAGAGGAAGGGGUGGUUGGAUCUCAUCCGAUUGGAACUGCUACCGGCACCGGUACCACUUUGGCGGGACAUAACCCAAAAAUAGGUGGUGGUGCCGGUGGUUAUGGCACCGGCGGGGCUUACCGUUGAUGGGUGUGGAUUAGGCUUUUUAUUGUAGUUUUGGGUCUUUAUGAUUUCAAGUUAAGUUAUAAGUUGCGUUUUUGAGUGUCAAUGUUGUCUCGAGAAUCUUGGUAGGUCUAUAAUUCACUUGGUUGAAAAAAGAUGUAAUGAAUUUAGGCUACGUAAUGUUUGGUUUUUUUUGAAGUAAAUAAUAAAAGUUUAAAGGAAACUUAAUUAUUUGAAGCCUAAUUAUUGAAGUUCAUCUGAAUGUUUAGUACUUGAAUGUAGUAAUGCAAAUUUAGAAGGGAAAGGACAUAAUACGAAGCAUGAAGUUUGGAGUUUCCAUUA